AUGGUUCCUGAAUUAAACGAAGAUUGUCUUUCUCAUAUAUUCAACUAUCUCAGGAAAACAGUUGACGAUAUUGCUAUAUUAUAUCCAUGUGCUCUAGUUAAUAGAUCUUGGUGUAAAGCCUCUAUGCCAAUAUUAUGGAGUGAUCCUUGGGCAAUCAGAAAUUAUCGUGGUUCUGAUUCAGAUUUAGAAAGACGUCGUGAAUUACUUAUUAAUGCUUAUAUUUCAAAUUUACCUCAAAAUUCAAAAGAUUCUUUAUCAAAAAUUCAAAGAAAUAUUAAAGCUACUCAAAAAACUUCGGCUUUUGAUUAUGCUAGUUUUUUGAAACAUUUAAAUUUGAAAUUUUUUGGUCAUUCUAUUAAAGUUUGGAUUGAUCGAGCUGUAAAAAAUGGUUUCAUUAAUCAUGAUUCUCAACAAAUUAUUCAUUAUUUACUUAUUGAACAUGUUACAAAACUUUUACUUACAAGAUCAACUAGUUUACGUAGUUUGGAUUUAAGAUAUUGUGAUGAUGUUGAUAUGCGUGAUUGUCUGGAAAUUUUGGCUAGUGUUCUUGAAUCUACAAAUGAUGCUCUUGAUUGUCUUAUUUAUCUCAAAGAUUUUAAAUAUAGUGGUAGUAAUCAAGUUAUGCCAAGAAUUUUUGCUUCUCUUACUUCAAAAUGUCAAAAUAUUAAACAUUUAGGUAUUUAUGGUUUUCGUCCAACUGAUAAUUUUAUUAAUUUUAUUGAUGUUCAAAAAAAUUUAAAUGAUGCUACUAUUUCUUAUGCUCCUUGUGGUCGUUUUGAUUCUUCUUUCUCUGAUUGGUCUACAAAUGAAUUCGUUUCAGAAAAAUCUAAAUCUAUUAUUAGAUUAUCUGUUGAAAAUAUUUUUAAUUUCGCUAAUUUAGAAGAAUUAUAUUUACGUUCUUUUGAUCAUAUCUUUUCUAGAGAGGGUUGGGAACCUUUAGCUAGACUUCCUCUUAAACGUUUAAAAACUUUUUAUUUUCAAACUCAAUUACAUCAACCUUUUGAAUUUUUAGAUAUAUUUGCUAAAUUUGUUGAAAAUACUUCGGGUGAAUUACGUCAUAUUACUUUUUUAACUGGUUUAUUAAAUUUGGUUCAUCUUGAUACAAGACAAUUCAUUACUUCAAUUGCUACAAAUUGUCCUUUUCUUGAAGUUUAUGAGGGUCCAAUGAUGGAAAAUAAUACUGAACAAUUGGCUUUAUUACUUGAAAAAUGUACUAAAUUAAGAGCUUUACAUAUAUAUUUAAUAGGAAAAUCUGAUGAUGAACGUCCAACUUUUGAUUUCUUAUUAUCUCAAUUAUCUUCUAGUUUAGCUCCUAAUUUGGAAUUUUUAAAAAUUAGUGGUGAAUGUUUAGUUUAUGAAGAAACUGUAUCUUCUUUUUUUAAUGUAAGAAGGAAUUUGGCUAAAAAAAUUAAUUUUCAUUGGGGUGAAUUUGUAGAAUGUGUUGGUAACGUAAAAGAUGUUUGUAAAACUUUUCAAGAAUUGGGUGUUGUUAAAAAAUUUGGUUUAUCUCGAAAUUUGCGUAAUUAA